CUUCUCAGCUCAGUCAAAACUGUGGAAGCAUCCACAACUACAAGUUGUUUCUCCGUCUGAAAUUGCAAUUGUCCUGAGAUUGUGAGAGAGAGAGGGAAUGGCUACGGAAUCGUCAUCAUCGUCGUCUGCGGCGGUGACAGAGCGGAGAGGAAUACCAGGAGCGCAGUUCGUAGAGGACGUGCAGACCUAUCUCACUCAGUUAGGCCUCGACGUCAACUCUGCCCUCGCCUUUCUCCAAGAAAGACUUCAGCAGUACAAAUUGGUUGAAAUGAAGCUUCAAGCUCAGCAGAGAGAUCUUCAGGCAAAGAUCCCUGAUAUUGAGAAGUGCUUAGACGUUGUUGCCACUUUGCAAGCCAAGAAGGGUACUGGUGAGGAACUUAUUACAGAUUUUGAGGUAUCUGAAGGGAUAUAUUCACGAGCUAGCAUUGACGAUACUGAUUCAGUCUGUUUAUGGCUGGGUGCGAAUGUCAUGUUGGAGUAUUCUUGUGAAGAGGCUACUGCUCUUCUCCAAAAGAAUUUAGACAAUGCUAGAGCCAGUUUAGAAGUUCUUCUUGCUGAUCUACAAUUCUUGAGAGAUCAAGUGACAAUAACCCAGGUAACAAUUGCUCGGGUGUACAACUGGGAUGUUCAUCAGCGCAGACUUCGACAAUCUCCCCCUAAAGAUUUGUGAAUUGAAUUUUCACCACCAGCCGGUUGGGAAUAUGGUUCAGUUUUAAGUUCUCAAGUGACUAAACUGUCCAUCGUCUAUUUACUUGCAAGAAUCAUACGUGCUCUCUUCAUAUUCGCGCUUCAAGUUCGUGUUCUGCUUAGUUAGAGAACAUUUGUUCGUGGCAGAAGAUGUUAUAUUUAUUUAGGACCAGUUUUGAUACGUGGUGGAAUAUUUGUGCUUGUUCUGUAACGUGUGAAAUUGCUACAACAUUAAAUUGAUAGGGCGUGCUUUGUUGUGAAAUGGAUAUUCAGUACCUUGAUUAACUCUUAA